AUGCAUCGGGGUCAGGAUGACCGAGUGGCGGACCCCGAAGACCAGCCUGCGGCGGGCAGGGGGGAGGGCGGUCCGGAUGGUGCCACACCCCCGUCGUCGUCGGAGAAACGCGGUGCCGGCGGUGACGGGAGUACUAACACGUGCAAGAAGGACCCCACGCUUUGCCUUUCCCCGCUGACCAUUCAGUUGACGGAUCACCCGCUUGAGUCUGUGUCGUCGACGCAUCGGACGGACCGUCUGCUCAAGCCAGCCAGCCCGUGGGCGCGCGAGCUCGACUUUAGCGACCGCGCCUACACCCCCCAUACUGUCUUCAUACUAGUCAGCAUUCUCAUGUCCAUCUUGCUCAUGUUGCGCUACUACUAUUACCCCAACAUGGGGGUGGCGGCGAAGGUGAAGGUUGGCCUCUCCGCUGCCGCCUUUGUUUUCAUUGGCUUUGGUGCGGUACACCUUCCGGACUCCCUAAUGGUACGCCCCCACCCGGCUGUGUGGCGCGCCGUCCUGGCGCUUGGGGUUCUCUAUCUGGUGUUCCUCACCUUUAUGAUAUUUCAGGACCUGGAGACGGUGCGGAGGAUAAUGGGCUACUACGAUGCUUCCCUGUGGAAUAAACUGCCAGAGCACACCUACGCGCAAGACUGCCGCAUGAGCACCGAGGAGGACCCCUGGUUCUUUGUCCACACCUCCUUCGACGUCUUCAUCCUCGCCCACUCGCUCGGCUACGUCAUCAAGAUGCUCAUACUGCGGGACUGGCGCAUGGUGACGGCCGUGUCGCUCGGCUUCGAGGUUGUGGAGGUGACGUUUCAGCACGUGCUGCCGAACUUCAGCGAGUGCUGGUGGGAUCACAUCGUACUCGAUGUGGUGAUCUGCAACGCGGGCGGGAUGCUGGUAGGGAUGUGGCUGCUGCGGCAGCUGAACGCGAAGCAGUACAGGUGGAUCGCUCUCAAGGAGAUCCCAACCGCGAAGGGAAAGGCGAAGCGGCUCCUUGGGCAGCUGGGGCCGCGCAGCUUCGAGCGCUACAACUGGAACAUCUUCCAGAGCCCGACCCGCUUCUCCCAGGUCACCGUCAUCCUCCUGCUGAUGCUGCUGCAGGAACUGAACUGCUUCACGAUGAAGGCAAUCCUGCAUAUGGCGCCAACGCAUCACAUCGUGACGUGUCGACUGGCCCUGUGGGCGCUGCUCGCCACCUCGUGCCUGCGAGAGCUGUACGAGUACAUGACAAACCCGCGCAUCAAGCGCAUCGGCACAACGGCGUGGGUGGCGAUACUCGGCAUGGGCAUGGAGACCAUAUGGAUCACGAAGAUGGCCAUCGAGGGACAAUACUUCCAAGACGCAGUCAUGCCUACCCACAUCGCGGUACCUUGGAUGGUCGCCAUCGCCGCGUUUGGGAUUUGGCUGGUCUUGUACUUUGGUGUCUUGUCACUGGAGCAGCGCAAUCGCCGUCGCGGUGCGGCGUACUUACUCGUGAACCUCUUCUUCUACGCGGCUGCCGUGUGUGUGCUGGCGCUGUUCCUGAUGGGUCUGCCCGAUCUGCAGAUUGGUCGGCAGGCGUUCGAGUCGGCGAUGGCGCCGUACGAGCGGUACAUCUUCCUUUGGCGCUAG